GUGCAGCUGAGGGAGAGGUGAGGUGGUGAGGUGCCCCUCUUGGCAAUUAUUGCCACCAUCGGAGUUUGGAGUCCUCCAAUAGGAGUCUAUUCCUCCUCCUGUGCUGUCUUCAGCCUCUUCCCCCAUCUAUAUCUCUUCACGACUUCACCAGUCCUGCUUGCUCAGGCUUAUUGGGGGUUGGUGCCUGCUUCCUCCGGCCGUCCUCUUGCUGCUUUUAACCACUGUAGCUAGCUUACUGUGAGCCUGAUCCGUUCCCGGUGGGUGGUUGGCUUCAUCAGAUACCUGUUCUUGGAUUCUUAAUUGCAUGCUGUUGCCGUGAUCUCUUUCUGCUUCUCUUCUCGCUCUAUCCAUUCUUCCUUUUUUUUUUCCUGCAGUCCUGCUAAGCUUUUGCUUGCAAUCAACUUUUCUUUUUGGUGUGUGUACUCUUGGGAGAGGAGGGAAAGAGAGAGAGGCCAGGCGGUGAGCAGUAGUUGUCUGAGACGAACUGCUUCUGUUCACGCAGCAGUAGAGCUGCAAGAAUUAAAGCCUUUUUCAGCAACCAUUUCAAGCAGCCAUCGCUAGCCAGGGCAAGCAAGAAACCGGCCAUUCUCGGUGAGUCCCAAGAAGAGAAGAUCCCGAGAUAUAUAUACGUGUGUACUAGUAGUGGUGGUGUUCGUAGUUUUCGUGCGUUCUUGUCAUGGAUUGGGACGCCAAGAUGAUGCCCUCUUGGGACCUCGGCACGGUGGUCGGCCCGAGCAGCGGAGGCGGAGUCGUUGCCGGCGGUGGCAGCGCGCUGGACCUGAAGCUGGGCGGCCCGACGAGCUGGAAGGCGGCGGCCGCGGCCGCGGCGGCUCCGUUGCCGCCUCCGUCGUCGUCCUCGCCGGCGAAGCGGCCGCGGGCGGGGCAGGCGCCGCGGGCGGGGCAGGCGCCGCAGGCGGUGCCGGCGUGCUCGGUGGAGGGGUGCGCGGCGGACCUGUCCAUGUGCCGAGAGUACCACCGCCGGCACAAGGUCUGCGAGGCACACUCCAAGACGCCCGUCGUCACCGUCGCCGGCCAGCAGCAGCGCUUCUGCCAACAGUGCAGCAGGUUUCAUUUGCUCGGGGAGUUUGAUGAGGUGAAGAGGAGCUGCAGGAAGCGCCUUGACGGGCACAACAGGCGCCGCCGGAAGCCGCAACCGGACCCUCUGAACCCUGGCAGCUUGUUCGCUAACCACCAUGGAGUGACAAGAUUCUCAUCGUACCCGCAGUUCUUCUCCACGUCAUCCAUGGCAGAGCCCAAAUGGCCGGCCACCGUCGUCAAGACAGAGACCGACGCGUUCCACGACCAGUACUACCCGGCCGUCCACCUCAACAACGGGGCGGCCUCUCUCUUCCACGGCAAGGACAGGAAGUACUUCCCGUUCUUGACACACCAUGGCAGCGGCGACGCGCCUGCGCCCUUGGGCUGCCAGCCGUUCACCAUCACCCCUUCCUCAGACAGCAGCAGCAAGCAGAGCAACGGAUACUGUGCUCUCUCUCUUCUGUCAGACAACCCGACACCGGCACAGAUCAUGAUCCCCACCACACAGCCCCUCGGCGCGGCGCUGCAGUACGGCAAUGUGGCACGGCUGCCUAACGCCGGCGACGUCUCGCUCACCGGGAUGUCUUAUGCUAGUGUUGGAGGCAAGCACACAUCCAUUCUGGCCACAUCUACUAGUCACUAUGCUGCUGCAGCUGCUGUUUCUUCUCCUGCUCCGGCCAGCGCAGCUGCCACUCAGCUGCAGUACCACGGUUACUACCAUGUGAGUGGUGGUGAUCAGGGCAACCCAGAUGGUGCCGCCGCCAUUCAGGCCCUUCCCUUCUCAUCGUGGUAGAGGAGUUCCCAACCAGGUGUUCUCAUCAAUCAGUUGCUAGGCAGUUGCUCUUGUUGUUCACUAAAUAUGUCAGUCAUAAUAGUAGUCUUGAUGAUACUGAAAACGUCGACAAGAAAUGUUCAUUUUUUUCAACUUAUCGUGAUAGUUCUAAUUUAUGGAAA